AUGGAUGAAGGUGAUGGUUACUGGGGAACAGUAGUGGAACGAGGCGUUGCACUUGGUGAGUUAGUUAAUACCGAGUGUCCUGAGUUUUUUGGAGGUCGUAAUUGGGAGAACAUCUUUGAUGUUAAGAAGGAUGAUAAGGCAUAUAGCAAUGUAGUUAGAUUGUUUUAUACAAAUUUACAUGACUUUGCUAAGGUUGGGUACACUUUGAAGUCUGUAAUUAGGGGUAAAGAAAUAGAAGUUUCCCCUGAUUUUAUUUCAAAAAUGUUGAAAGUUCCCAGGCCUGUCAUCACUGAGAAUACCAUUGUAUUUCCUUACAAAAGUAAAGAGGAAGUCCCUAGCAUGGAAACGGUUAUUGAGACAAUUUGUGAUGUUGCUAUCGAAUGGGUGGAUGAGAAUAGUAAAAUUUAUCAGAAAGACCUUCGUUUGCCUUAUAGGAUGUUAAACAUAAUAGUUGUUUGUAACAUUGAUCCCAAAGGAUAUACAACUGAACUUGGAUAUGAUAGAGCUCAAUUUCUAUGUGCGAUUGGUAAAGGAGCAUGCAUUGACCUUCCCCAUUGCAUAUUUCAGCUGAUUAUGAAUGCCUAUGAGUUGCAGGAUAACAGGCGACGUCUUCCAUUUCCUAUUUUGAUUACAAAUAUUGUGAAGGUUUAUGGGGUUGUGAUUGAACCUAGCGAAUCGUAUACUGCUGCCAUGUGUAUGAUAAAUGAGGGUACUAUGAAAAAAAGUGUUGGUCAUGUUGGGCCUAAAAAUUGUGCCAAGACUAUGUCACAGGUGUCUUACUCCCAAAUUGAGGGCAUUACUGUGACAGAGGGCGAACGUUCAAGUUUCAGUCCAUUCAACAUGAAUACUAUUGGAGAAAAGCUGGAGCAAAUAGUAACUGGGCAAAAUUGUUUGGCCACACAGUUGCAUGUUGUUCAGGAAUGCAUGAAGGGAUCUUUGGAAAAGUUGGAGAGUAAGAUUAAUGGACUUUACAAGGAAUUUAAAGAGUAUGGAAAGACAUGUUGA